AUGGACGAGGACCCCGAGAUCGUUGUCUGGACCGAGCUCGACGUUCCUCAGGGCGAAGAGCUCGACUCGGCCCAAUGGACCCGCUAUUUUGAGCCCAUGAUUCAGGCGCCGGGCUACGAGAAUUCGGCAUGGGCAAGAAUCAAACAACGGCCGAAUAUGAUUAUGCUGGUUACCUUAUGGAAGUCCACCUCUGCACUGAGAGAAUUCACCGCCUCGCCCUCGGCCCAGCUCUACCGCGAGAGUCUUGCGGCGAGAGCAAUCAUCCCCAUGGCCUAUCAUGAGGUGGUGAUCUAUGGUAUUUUGAAUUGGUUUGGCGCACUCUCUCGGUCGUACGUCCAAUUAUUCUGGGUGUACUUCCCUGCUCCUGUCACAGACGACCAGCGGAAACGGGUUUCCAAAAUGCCGGGAAUCUGCCCACCAGCCAUGGGCCCCGGAGUGCCCCGGAGUCGAUUGCCGCAGACGCGUCUCCCCCAGCAGUUAUGGACCACUCCGACCGAUUGGCGGCAUGGUCAGGAAGUAGAGCUGAUGUUCUGGCCGCAUUUCUGGCAGAAUGAAGAGAAAGCUGAGUUUCGGCACACUCCCACGUCAAUUGUUGUGGACCACCGCAUUGUGGGCACUAGAACCAGGAUGGAGGAAUUCAGCGCCGAGUUAGAAGCCGUGGGUCCGGUAGAAUGGAAAGAGGAUUUUUCCACUAUUUUCGGCCUUUCAUUCCGUUGGCUGCGAGCACCGAAUUUGCCCACAAUCAAUGCCUACCCAGGUGACUUUACAAAGAAGAAAGCACGGGAGGAAUUUCUAUCAGAUGCGCAAACCUUGCUUGCUGAGGGGGCCCGAAAGUUCAAUGGCCCUUUCCGCAUCGUUACUUCGCCAGGGUCUCGUGUCAUUCUACCUAAAUCUUGGACCCCAUUCGUCAAGAGCUGCAAGGAGCUGGAUCAUCUCGCGCUUGUUCGUGCUGAAUAUUUCGGAGGUAUUCCCGGGUUAGAAGGGCUUAGUGCAUUUCUUGACCCCAACCAUAUUUUGAUCGAUGUUAUCAAGAUGAAACUGAGUCAGAAUCAUCAAUGCCAGACCAUGCAUGAUCAUAGCGCGGAUGUCAUGGAGGAAACAUGGACUAAGCAGACCGAAUGGCACCUUGUGGAUUUCAGCCCGGAUAUACUCAAGUUUACAGCCCGCGUGGCAUCUUCCAUCUUCGUCGGUCAUGAACUCGCCCGUAACCAGGAGUGGCAGACCCUCAUAACAACCUACACAGUAGCCUUCUUCAAUAGUGUUCGCGCUCUACGCAACUGGCCAAAAUUUCUUCAUCCAGUUAUUCACUGGGUAUUACCGGACUGUCAAAAGGUGCGCGGCCAGGUUCGUCUAGCCCGUCGAAUUCUUACCCCCGUUCUAGAAGAGCGAACCGCCACGAAGAAGUCUGCAGAGACCAAGGGGCAUAAAUUGAAGUUUGAUGACACGAUCGAAUGGACUGAAGAGGUUGCUAAGGGCCGCCCCUAUGACCCGAUAGCGAUUCAGCUUGGCCUGGCUAUGGGCGCUCUGCAUACCACAACGCAGCUGAUGCAGCAAGCUAUCUUGGAUAUCUGUGCGCACCAGGACCUGAUCAAGCCUCUAAGAGAAGAGAUAGCACAUGCAGUUCAAGAGAGCGGAUGGACCACUGCUGGGUUGUUCAAGAUGAAGCUAUUAGAUAGUGUGAUUAAAGAAACCCAGCGCCUCAAGCCAGGAUUGCUAGCAAAUCUUGAACGUACGACCACGGACAAAGUCACCCUUCCCAACGGGAUCACACUGCCCCCCGGCACCAACGUUGGGGUAGAAUGCAACAUGUGGUCCGACGCCGAGACUUAUUCGUCUCCGGAGAAAUUUGACGGAUAUCGAUUUCUCCGAAUGCGCGAGGCCGGAGACAACACGGCUGUCUUGUCAGCGACUAAUUCCGAGCAUGUCGCGUUCGGUAUUGGUCGGUCUUUAUGCCCGGGACGGUUCAUGGCAGCGAGCGAGAUUAAAAUUGUGAUUUCAAGAUUGCUUCUGGAUUAUGAUAUUAGGUUAGCGGAGGGGUACAAGCCUCGCGUUAUACAUUAUGGGUUUGAGAUGCUGAGCGAUCCGUUGGCAAAGGUGGAGGUUAGAAAGAGGUCUUUCUAA